CCGUUUUCACCUUCCUCUUUCACCCCUUCUAACACCCCACGCGCAAUAUAUACAUACGCAUACGUGUAGAGUAGAGAUAUAGUAAUACGCUCAAGUUUCUCUCUCUUGUUUCCUUUGUAUAUAAGCACCUCCCACUCGCACCAGAGUGAGAGAGCAGGUGGCUACUUCACAAUUUUCUCUCUCAUCAUCCUGUCGUUGACGUUCAUUUUUCACGCACAAAAAUCGCAUAUCUAUAUAUAUGAUAUUAAUGGCGUUUCCAAAUCAUUUGUCACAAGAAAUGGCUUUACAGCAUUAUUCAGACCAACAUAUAACGCAGAAUUCAUCGGUGCUAAGGAAUAUACUCCCCGAGCAGCUGGGAGAUCAUUCUCCGACGGAAGAAAAGCCGCCGGAGCACAACCACCCACGCCCACCGCCUACUUGGCUAAACAGGGCAAUUCUCCGGCAGCAGGGUCAGUUCUCGUCCUCUGGAGAAGGAAAUUUUCUCAACCUGCAAACUAACUCAGACUCCCCGUCGGCCGCUGCAGUGGCGUUGCAGGUGCCAAACAAUCAGUGGCUUUCGCGGUCGAUUUUGCAGCGGAAUAUCAGUGAUGUGAGGGAUGAUAUUCAGGUGUCCAAUGCUUCGAUGAUCGCUGCCGCAAUUUCUCAUGAAUCCGCCGAUGUAAACAAUAACAACAACCAUAGCGCGAAUGAUAACAAUGACCUAACGGAGAGUGGAGGUGGCGCCGCAGGUGACAGAGCGGUGAAUUGGCAUAAUGCGAGGUACAAAGCAGAAAUCUUAUCGCACCCAUUAUACGAGCAGUUGUUAUCGGCACAUGUGGCAUGCUUGCGCAUCGCCACACCGGUGGAUCAGCUACCAAGGAUUGAUGCGCAGCUCGCACAGUCACAGCAAAUUGUGGCUAAAUACUCCUCCCUUGGACAUGGAAAUCUUGGUGUUGAUAAAGAGCUUGAUCAGUUUAUGACACAUUAUGUCUUGCUUCUAUGUUCAUUCAAAGAGCAACUACAGCAGCAUGUGCGCGUUCAUGCAAUGGAAGCCGUUAUGGCUUGCUGGGAGAUUGAACAAUCAUUACAAAGUUUAACAGGAGUUUCGCCAGGAGAUGGGACAGGUGCCACGAUGUCGGAUGAUGAUGAUGACCAGGUAGAAAGCGAUGCAAACUUGUUUGAUGCAAGUUUUGAUGGUCCUGAUAGUAUGGGAUUUGGUCCGCUGGUACCGACAGAGAGCGAAAGAUCAUUGAUGGAGCGUGUCAGGCAAGAGCUAAAGCACGAGUUAAAACAGGGUUACAAGGAAAAGAUUGUGGACAUUAGAGAGGAAAUUUUACGCAAGAGAAGGGCAGGAAAACUCCCCGGGGAUACAACCUCAGUGUUAAAAGCUUGGUGGCUAUCACAUUCCAAGUGGCCAUACCCAACAGAAGAAGAUAAGGCAAGAUUGGUACAGGAAACGGGAUUGCAAUUGAAGCAGAUAAACAACUGGUUCAUUAAUCAAAGGAAGCGAAACUGGCACAGUAAUCCUUCUUCUUCUACAACCAUCAAAGGAAAACGCAAAAGGUGAAAACAGUAUUGACUGAUUCAGGUAAAGGAGUGGUGUAAUCAAGAAAACGAUCUUCCAGAGCAACCGAUGUUCAUGCUUCUGCUUCAGUUACUAAACACCGGUGACAUACUACAAUAUUGAGAUCUCUCCGUAAGAAAAAAAUCAACUAUCUAGUUAACGAAGACUGUGUUAGCAUUGAUAUGAAAGCAAUGUUGAAGGAUAUAGGAAAAAAACACGCAGCAUUAGAUGUUAUUUCAUUAGGGAGUUAAGUUUAUAUAUACACGACGACAAUUGGGUUAACUGCUCGCAAUGUCUUGGUGAUGUCGUUCGAUUUUUAUUGCUGUUUCCAUCUUUUUGUAUGCUAAAGGAAUAUUACUGUGGUGUACAGUUCAAUAAUCUUUGUCAUGGUGCUACACGAAUGAUAUAGCUAUUUCGGGUUUUUGUAGCAGCGUAGUGGAUUUAUAUAAAGUAGCUAUAAUUUUGUCCUC